CGUUGACACCUUUGUCACCAAUGAUAUUUCUGGAACUAUGCUUUGCAUAUACCUUUUGACCUUCUCCCUCCCUCGUUCUUGACCCCGAUCACUACAGAACAUAGGCACGACUGACCUCACUUGCUCUAUGCAAUGAAAUGGUCACAACGAAAAUGUGGACAACUCGCACCCGAGCCUUGAACAUCCACUUCCCAUCCGUCAUCCCAGCGCUCCUCCUAUGGCUGACAACUCUCCCGUAUUCGGAUGCCCAAAAUGUGCCGCCAUCUUCACCGGCAUCGACGCCCUUCCCACCUGCUGUCUCAGUGUUCCCAUCCCGGAGCGUUGGACAAGUCUCUGUAACAACGACUCCGGCUGCCAGUAGCCAUGUCCCGCCCGCGGCAAACUCCAGUCGUCCCGCAAAGACGCAUACUGUCAAGGUCGGCUUCGACCACAAAUUCAUUCCGGAUUCUACCAAAGCCGAUGUUGGAGAUAUCAUCGAAUUCUCGUUCUACCCCCAGAACCACUCUGUCGUGAGGUCGGAAUUUGGAUUCGCUUGCAUACCCUACGAGAUGACCGGCGAAGGGCGUGUCGGGUUCUUCAGCGGCUUCAAGGUCAUUAGUGAGGUCCUAGAUAAUCCACCGAAAUUUCACGUCAGGGUCAACGACACGGAACCCAUAUUCUAUUAUUGCAGUGCGCCAGGAAGCUGUGACGAGUACAGCAUGGUCGGAGCCAUAAACCCCAACGCCUCGACACCUGUCUCAGUCCAACACGAACUCGCAAACAACGCAUCAUUCGUCCUACAACCCGGCGAGCCGUUUCCCCCAGAGUUUCCCGCCGCCACUUCAUCUAUCCUUCCCAACCCAGCAGGAGGAGGGCACACCAAACUCCAUCUCAGCCCCGGCACGAUCGCAGGGAUCUCCAUAGCAGCAAUAUUCGUCGCCGCACUGGCCGCCUUGCUGACGUUCUACAUCGCACGUUCGAAGACGCUGAAGGAGGAGAUCCACCGCAAGGCGUCGACCGUCGCGCGGCGUACAACGCCCCCCAGUCCAACGCUAUUUGAUAUCUUCCAGACAACGUCAUCUUCUUCUGCGGCAGCAGUAGCAUCAACGGGGAUGCCAUCGCCUCCUCAGACGAAGCCGCCAGCGUACGACUUGCACACCCCUCCCACCACCUCCCAUCAAUGGAAUCCAAACAUAAACGCAUAUUCCCCACCACCUCCACCACUACCGCCACCACCGAUGCGCGAAACCACAAGCAACCCCAACACAAGCGCCAUCACCAGGAAACUCAAGAGCAAAAGAUCCCUAGGCUGGUCCCACGCCACAAGCCCCAUAACCACCACCUCCAACGCAACGAUGAACCCGCUAUCGCUAUCUCUACCCCUGGGAACCUCAACCUCAACCUCAACGGCGGCACAACAGCAGCACCUUGCACUCCGAAAUUCGCAGUUCAGAGAGCAGUUCGGCGGCGCGGGCAACCCUACACGCCGCGGCCACCACCAUCCCGCCAACACAUCCGACGACGAGGAGGAGAGAGAAGAAAGCAGGGCAGCGAGUCCCCGCUCCGUGGGCGGGACCUUUGAUUUCAGCGCUGAGACGGGGACGUACGGGAGGACGCAUGGCGGGGAGGGUAUUGUGUACGCCAGCGAUGUUGACGCUUGUGGGAACGAAAAGAAUGAUAGCAGUAGUAAAGACAAGGACGGAGAGAAGACGUCGUCUUCGUCGUCGUGGACUCUGCGGCGUCACCGCCACUACGAGCAUACCUCGUCCUCGCCAAUUGAGUUGGACGGCACGGCCGUCGGGCAGGAGCAUGUCACGGCGGAUGAGAAGGCGAGGUAUUGAUUCGUGAAUCAUCGAGUUUGGGUUAUGUUCAUUACGAUUGAAGGCGUCUGCUGGAGGGACGGGGUUUUUGCUUUUACCUCUGUGGCUUUUGUGUCCGUUGUGUUUUUGGUACAUCGAGGAGGAGGUGCAAUGCAUAUACUGAUAGAAAUAGCAAUGGAGAACGGAACGAAGGAAAAGGCACUGCCAUGGGUUUGAGCUGAU